UAAACUAUCGAUUCAAACAUGCUUCGUGUUUGUUCUGCUGUUUAUUACUUUUGUUUAUGACAGUCUCGGAUCCUACGCUUUGUGGAGUUGACAGCUAAAUGUCAUCAAAAUAAGUUUAUUGCAUCCAUUGCAUGUCCAUCUACACAUCCAGUCGGACAUGCUUAUUUGGAAUUAAAUUCUGCUAACUCAUUGGUUUUUUUUUUUGUCUGGCUGAUUCAGAGAAUUCCUUACAUGCUCUAAUAAUACUUGGAAAGCACAAGAACGUAUAAGAGUUGCUUCGGGCUUACGGAACUAAAAAUGUGUUUUCUCUUGCGUCUUGUCAUCGCACGCUUAAUUCUCUUUGUAAAGUAUCAGUCUCAUGCGUCUAUUAUUGCUCUAUACAGCCUUUUUUUUUUUUGCAAUUAGUCUAACUUUUCUACCAGGACAAACACAAUCAGGUAGGUCAAUCAGAUAAAUUACUAACAGUAGUGGGCCUAAGACUUCCUUGAUUUCAGAUAUACAAGAGUUUACAUUUAAGAAGUUAAUUUGGAGCCCUUUAAGAUUACAGUUUGCUUUAAGGAAAUGAUGGACCCGAACUAGAAAUAUCAAGUAGCCUACGAAUUACAAUGCGAAAGAUGGCCAGAUCCUCUACCACUGAAGCGAAAGGCGCCUUAACCUGCGAUAUUUGUGAACGGGAGUGUCUCUCCAAAAUAGGGCUCCACAGCCACAUGAAAAAGUGUUCGAGAUGAACUUUAGUCGUUCUACGACUGAAGGAGGCCAACAACAGGGGGAAAGAAUUACAAAGUUCGAACUGUAAACCAUCCCGAUGAUAGUCUGAAGCACAAACUAGUGAACCAGGUAGCCAUAGCCGCAUUGAAUAAGACUUGAACUAUAAGAAGAAAUGUAUAUUUGUCUAAAAACUAUUCUAUACAAUUCUACUUUCCCAGAUCUUGAAGCUUUGAGACAAAGUAGACUGAAAAUAGUUGAUUAAAUAUCUUUGUGUAGGAAUGUCAUUCAGAUUUCUCCUAAGUUGAUGCCAAUUUCUCACAAUAGCCCUAGUCGUCUUGAAUUUCAUUCCCUAUUGGUUGUUAUUAGAGGAUCUAUAGUUUCAAAAAUCACGCUUACACUAAAGUUCAAUUUAAAAAGCUCCACAUUAACUGAGACACUUUCUCAUUCAGUUGCUCACAGGCCAGUACGCCUUUCCCCACAAACUUAAACUUUGCAUUGGAGAUGGAACUUAACUUUUAAUUGACUUUUUCUUUCCUUGAAAGUCACGGCAUUCACAUUUGUUCGUGUCCCAGUUCCUUCUCUUUGUGUUUGAAAAGAUAUCAUUCAAAUUAACUCUGUCUUUGUCUUAAGUGAGGCACAUGUUUUUUGUUUUCAUUUUUUAGUCUCUAUGGCGUCGCGCCCUUCAAAAUGAAGCCGCCACUUAAAGUAAAUAAAGAAAACCUUCUUAGCGUCUAACUUGACCGACCGUAUCAUUAAACAUACACAUUAACAUCCUUAGAUGUCACGCAGCAAAGCUAUCUUGUUACAUAGACUCAGUUGUUCGACAAUACACAAUCUGAAAUCUCGUUUUUUUAAAAUUCUUAUCCCUCCCCCCACACCAAAAACAAAAUCCCUGUUGAUUAGAUUUCGUCAUUUUAAGAAAUAAUCAAAUUAUCUUUAAGUUGUUUUUUGUAUAGAAGUUUUCAAUUAAUCUUUCGGACAAUCUUAUAAUGUAACAGCUAUAUUAGACAAUGACAGAGUUGAUUGACGUGGCCAAAUACGUAGGUCUAAAAUAGGUCUGCAACAACCUCGUGCAUUAUUCUAAUCUUUCUGAAUCUAUUGACACAAAGUACCAUUAGAGAAUGGAAUGGGGUGCCUGAAUCAGCCAGGAAAACCAAAGAUUUUGAAGAGUUUACGUCAUUGAUAAACAUACAUGACUAGAUUAACGCAUGAAAUGCUUAGGACAUAACAAUUCUUCAAAGACUUCCAGCUAAAUAUGAAAGAAUGACAUGAGCAAACUUGCUCCUCUAGUUGUAUCUUAUGUCAGAGAUCAAGUGAGAAAAAGCUUAGCACCAGCCACAAAACGAUUCAGGCUGUUUUUGCAUGGCAUGAAGAACUCAACAAAAUGUAGAGCACAUUAUUAGCCAGACCAGGUUACUGGAUAAGUUAAAGCGCUCCUUAGUGGUCGUAACGGAUUCUUGUUUCUUAUAAACUCGAAGAAUAUGACAAGAAUCAAUAUUAUUCUCCAAGGUCAUUAACUCAAGUCUCCUUCAAAACUUUGAAAUGGAUUACCUGCAUAUCAAAAGCCAUUAUUUGAAACUUUUACUGAUCAUUUUGGUUUGUUUCAUUGCAUUAUCCAUCUAUUGGAUGUCAACGCGAAUUUCAGUUUCAAUCCAUAUAAACAACAAGUUUCAUGCUGUGAGUAAAGAGAAAAGUAUUUCUUUGGCUUUGUUUCGUAAUCCAAGAGCUUCCAAUGAUGUUCUAACUACCAGCUCUACUUUCAAUGUAAGAAACGAAAGAAGUGCUCAAGACCUUGACAAAGUAAUACAAAGAUAUUUGGCUCCAAUAACAAAAGCCUUGCACGAAGACAUUUCAAUAAAUGAUUCUAUAUCUGAACAUAUUCUGAGGUCUGGGUUAGGACUUGAGCCUUACACAACUGAAAAGAAGGAAGACAUUUGGAUAGAGAAUGGUGUCCAGUAUCGUCCAUAUCCAUUUCUGGAGAAAGCUGAUAAUCCGUUUUACACGUCAGAGUUCGAAGCUUUUGUUCCUUUUAAUAAAACAGAUUUUUUUCAAAGAGAUGAAAAAAGUUUGUCACGUGAUAUUACAGACAAGAAAAUCAUUCUCUGGUGGCAGCACAAGAUAGCUCAAGCUCCUAUAACUGGACUGAACCCUCUGAGGGCGUGUCCAGACUUUCCAUGUGUGGUCACUUCGGACAGGAAGUACACAGAGAACAGCAGUGCUCUCAUCAUCAAUGCGCAAUUCGUCGAAAAAGAAAAACCCCCAAACAGGCGCCCUGAUCAAGUAUUCAUACACUACCAGAUAGAGGCACCUUUCAAUUAUUGGUUUUAUGGAAACUUGUUUUCCAACUCUGACUGGAAUUGUGCAUUCAACUGGACCAUGUCUUAUCGCAUGGACUCGGACAUAACCACCUAUCAUGGCAUUGUUAGAAGACGAAGAUCCGUCAAAGAACGAAAUUAUAAGGAAAUAUUAGCUAAGAAAAAAGGUUUAAUAGUGUGGAUGGUAUCAAACUGUCAGGUAAACUCAAAGAGACACGAAUAUGUGCGAGAGCUACAAAAAUAUGUUCCCGUCGACAUAUACGGCAAGUGUGGUCCAUUCCAGUGUGCCAGGAUUAACGACAGAGAUUGCCUUAGGGAAAUUACCUUGAAAUAUAAAUUUUACCUCGGGUUCGAGAGUAAUUUUUGUAAGGAUUACAUCACGGAAAAACUGUAUAGAUAUUUAGACAGUGAUAUGAUAGUCGUGGCUCGCGGCCACAACACUUUCUCGCGACUUGUACCUUCAGAGAUAUUUCUUAACACUGCCAACUUCAAGUCUCCUCGAGAGCUCGCUGACAGAAUUCUCUAUCUGGACACUCACGAAGACGAGUAUAUUCAGAUGUUGAAAGAAAAAGACAAAUAUUUUUCUAUUUACGAAGACUAUCCACUUUUGAGUCCAGGUAACUCUUGGAUUGAGUAUCGUUAUGAAGCUGCUGUAAUGUGCGAAGUCUGUAGAAGACUCUGGAAUGUGAGCAACUACACCAAAACAUACCCUGACAUGCUGGCUUGGCUAUAUAAAAAGGAAUAUCAAUGUUAUGUGCCCAAUGAUAUUGUUUAACAUGAUAUAUAUGUUUUAUAAAAUUGCUACAUUUUUUUUUUCAGUAUGACAUAUAGGGCAGGGGCCUGUUGAAAUUUUCAGCCCAAAAGUGCGUUAGUGGGGGGGGGGGGGGGGAGGUAAAUGUGCAAGAAUAUGAACAGUCCAGUUUUUAAUUUCUCUAUUUCUAAUAUUUUUUUGAAUUAUAUUAUUCUGUGAUUUAUAGUCACUUAUGAUAAGAAAUUGAUAUCAUUUCGUCUAGUCUUGUGUUAUUCCAAUAAGACUCACAUAGUCGUGGUUUAGCAGAAAAGCGGAGUAAAUCCAGGCUUACGCAGACACACACACACAAACACAAUUUUUUUUUUAUUCAAUCUAAGCUUUAUAUCAUAACUCAGUGGCCCAUCUCUCAUACUCAGUGUUGAUGGAAACUUCUUACAGAUCUGGAGAAAAUACUUGCUCUCCUGUCUGAAAUGGCGUGAAGUCAACAGAAGCGUUACAAAAACACAUUUAGAAGCUCCUUCAACGUGACACUGAUAUUCACGGCUAGGAAACUCGCUCGAUAGCUCCUCAUGGUGUGAAGCCUUUAAAUGUCUCAAGAUACAGGGCAAGGAGGGCGGCCACUGUGGAAGAAAUCAGAGAUAACGAAGGCUUAGAAAAGAAACACAUAUCUGUAGUAGACCCAACUUACCCACGCCAUGUAUGUGGCCGGGUCUUUAUAGCGAGAAAUGGACUUAAUAGCCGUCUUCGAGUUCAUAUGAAACUAGAAAUGUGCUCACCUUCGACUUUACUUUUAUCUCAGAUGUAAAAAGACAUGAUGUCUAUAUCAAAACUAAAUAUUUUUACAAUGAAACUUAAUUUCUGUGUUAUUGUCUAAGCGAUUUACAAGUACUGUGUUGUUUUUUUAAUGUUUUAUCACAAAUUUUUGUAAACCAAUAUCCUUUACACUUUACUCUUAAGAGAGCAAUUCUUGUAUUUAUAUAAAUAUAUAAAUUUUAUUUCGAAAA